CUGGGUGCCGCGCAUGAAGGCGACGAACAAGGAGUACGGUCAGGAAAACAACGCGCUGAUCGCCCGGGACGAGACGCGCGUGUAUCCCAAGCUGUGCGAGGCCUGCGCGAUAGGGGGCGACGUGUUGGCGAGACUGUCCGAGGAGAUGGACGAGGCCCCCACGGUAGUGGCCAGGCUUGCCAAUUACCCGGACGACGCGGCGAGUUUCGGGCGGGUGAAAGCCGCCGCGAAGGAAGGGACGCACAAAUUAUCAGGGUUGUACCGAUACGUAGACUGGAGUAUCGGCCUGGCGCUUACGACGAAAGAGCUGUAGUUGGUGACCGACUUUUACGUAAGAUUGUUCUCGAGUUUCAUCAUCGGGCUUACAAUCUGCCGCGAGCUGCGGGACGUGUAGCUGUGCGAAUUCGCGUUGGAGCGCGGGGAGAGGACAGCCGCAGCGCAGAACAAACAACUUCUCGCUGCUGGAAAAGACCAUAAAGAACUCACCUCCAGACUGGACAAGAAGGCCAAGGCAGCGUUUUGGCUUCUGCGUGCGAUUGGGUUUAUGCGGCGGUUUUGCCUGGUGCCGAUCAUAGUACUGGCCGUGCCGCUUUUAAUGAUUUUCCGCGGGCGCGACGCACUUUUUAUCUGCCUGAACUCGUUUGCGGUGCUCUUUGUAUAUAUGAAUUGGAAAUUGACAAUUACGCGUACGACUACGGAGUCGCGGAAUUUAGAGUCGGCGUUCGAGGUAACGGGCCACAUGGUGCUCACGGACAAGGAACUCGCUCGCAUCUACCGUCGGAAGGUGUGCUGCCUGUUCGCCACGCCGAUCUCGAUGGCGUGCGUGAUCGCAGGCGCGAUCAGCCAGGUGUGGUUCUGGCUCUUUUUCGGCAUCGUGUGCUCAUCGCCGAUCGCCGCGUUCGUCUUCGUAGAGGAUUUGUGGAACCUUGUUGUCGCGCCUUCGCAGAGUGGCAAGCAGAAGACGUCGCCGUCUGCCAAUGUGGCUAACGGUUGUCAGGACUCAGGGGCAGCGCCGCCAGCCCUGGAAGGACCGAAUGAAAACGAAAAGCACGUGAAAGAGACUUGGGACAAGCGCGACAUCGUUUAGCUGCUCGCGCUCUGCGCCUUCCGCAUGAUAUUCACAAUGGGGACCGCGAUGGGCUCGAAUUACAGGCACUGAACUGAUUAAAGCCCGAAUACGUCCCGAAGCAUCGAAUAAACGAGAAUUUCUGGGGAGCUGUGGUCUUUCCGAGGACCUAACCUUGGGUAAUUUUCCAGCUUUGUACUCCCACUUUUUUUAUUGCAGGCCGGCAUAGAUGAGUUCGAUACGAUCGACUCUUUGAGCGAUCGCCUGAACGAUCCCUCCACGGGUUUCGUGAAGGCUUGGCGCAGCUUUUACUUCAAGAGUAUCAUGAACAACAAAGAGCAAGAGGAAUCGCGAUGGGAAUGCUAGCGAAAAAGGGGUGGGAGCCUCUGGACUUCGGUGGGAUGGGGGACUUACCCAAAAUUGAGACCGGCCUUCACAAGCGCAGAGUGUGCCACCCCAGACACUUAGAGUUUAACGGCCCAAUCAUCCUUGAUUCUAAUUCUCUUUGAAGAUGCUGAGUGAAGCACG